AAUUUCAAACAGUUGCGGCCGUGAGGCGCUAGUGAACGCAUCUUGAAAUCGAAGGAGAUUUAGCAAAUAAGUCGCGAUUAUGAAGCCCGUUGCCUUGAUCCUGCUCUUUCUGGCCAUCAGCCAGGCCAGAGUGCUGAAUUUGCCCCAGGAGGCGAUCGAUAUUCCUGUGGCCAUUGUCGAGGAUAAGGAGCAGCCAGUAGCUUUACCUUUGGUGAAGGAGGAGUUGAAGGAGGCAGCUAAGCCAGAGGAGGUGAAGCCAAUUGUCCAAGAAGAAAAAGCCAAGUAUCUCGAUGAGGAAGUGAAGCCAGAAAUCAAGGAGAUUAAGGAGCAGAUCAAGGAGCAGCUCAAUGAUCUUGAGAAAAAACCCCUGGAGAUUAAGGAAAAACCGCUGGAGAUUGAGGAAAAACCGCUGGAGAUUGAGGAAAAACCCCUGGAAAUUGAACAGAAGCCUCGGGAAAUCAAGGAAGAAGCUCAGCUGCCAGAAAUCAAACAGGAGACUGCAGAAAUCAAACCUGAGACUGCAGAAAUCAAAAAGGAGACUGCAGAUAUCAAAGAAGAGCCUGCCCAGAAUAUUUUGAAAUCUCUGCCAGCUGACGAAGCCGUUGUUGUGCCUGCCGAGGAGCUGUCCCCGAAUCCGUUGGAGCAGGAGCAGUCGGAGAACCAGGACGCCGCCCAUCCUCAGGUCCGUCAAGCCACCCAGGCCACGCCCACCCAGCAGAGCACCACCCAGGGCAACUUUGUGCAGCAGUUGAUCCAGAACUCACCCAUUGGCCAGUUCCUGAAUCAGUUCCAGCCGCAGCCAGCUGCUGCCGCUCCAGCUCCAGCACAAGCCCAGGCGGAUGAUGCUACUGCUGCUGCGGCACCUGCAACUCCGGCACCCACGGUGCCUGGAUUCCUGAAUCCCCAGGCAGCCAUCACCUCCGCCCAACAGGCCGUGCAAAAUGCCGCCCAGAGUGCCGUCAAUGCCACCACUCAGGCUUUCCAGGGUAUCCAGCAGUUCGCCAGCAACUUGGGCAAUCAGUUCCAGAACACGCUGUCCAGUUUGACGGGCCAGCAGCAGCAGCAGGCGGUGUCCACUACUCCGCGUCCACCGGGUCCCAUCCAGCAGUUCGUCAACAAUGUGUUUGGUGGCAACAACAAUGCCACGGCCGCUGCUCCGCCUGCCCAGCAAAGUGGCAAUCCCCUGCAGGGUAUCAUCAACUUCCUGGGUGGCAAUCGUCCACAGAAUGCACCAGCUGCUGCUCCAGCUACUCAGGUCACCGACAAGCCCGCCGUCGAUGACAAAAUCGAUCCUGCCAAGGAUGAUGAGGUGGCUGAAUUUGUGCCGGAUUCCGAGAAUGAGGUGCGUGCGAGUGGCGAGAGCAUUGAUGAUUCCUUCGAGGAGGCUGGUGUUCCUGCCAACGAGGUUAUUGUGGUCAACGAUGAUGCCGGCGAGGAUGGCAAUGCUGUCCAGAAUCAUCCGGUGGCCACCGAUGCAGUGGCUCUCUAAUGGGUUAAGAUUGCACUAGUUAAGCCCACACAACCGACUGACGCCAUUUUCGUCGACUUUUUUUUCGAUUUAAA